CCUCUCUGGGUUAUGGCUGGAACCCUCCUGGACUGGAUUUUAGUACCAGAGCUUCCAGAGGAGGGGACUACUUUGAAUCAAGUGCACCCCCCCAAGGGAUCCAUGCCCACAGAAGGACUCCCUGUGUGUAGCCCCCCACUGCAGCCCUGGGCUCCCACCACCCAGCUCUGGCUCUGGGACAUAAGAGGAUCAUUCUUGAGGACUGAGCUCAGGAUCCCUAAAAAGAAAGUUGGAAAAUAGCUGGAUAAACUUGAUUACGAUGAGGACCUAGGGCAUCUGCCUGCUGACCCUCUCGGCCUACAGUGACCAUGGCCCCCCGCAAGAGAAGCCGCCAUGGCCUGGGUUUCCUGUGCUGCUUUGGAGGCAGCAACCUUCCUGAGAUCAACCUCCGGGACAACCAUCCUCUGCAGUACAUGGAGUUUUCCAGCCCAAUCCCGAACCCAGAGGAGCUCAAUGUCCGCUUCGCAGAGCUGGUGGAUGAAUUGGAUCUCACGGACAAAAACCGGGAGGCUAUGUUUGCACUGCCCCCUGAGAAGAAAUGGCAGAUCUACUGCAGCAAGAAGAAGGAGCAGGAGGAUCCCAACAAGUUGGCCACCAGCUGGCCUGACUAUUACAUCGACCGCAUCAACUCCAUGGCUGCGAUGCAGAGUCUGUAUGCAUUUGAUGAGGAGGAGACAGAGAUGAGGAACCAAGUUGUGGAAGACCUGAAGACAGCUCUCCGGACACAGCCCAUGAGGUUUGUGACACGCUUCAUUGAACUGGAGGGCUUGACCUGUCUGUUGAAUUUCCUCCGGAGCAUGGACCACGCCACCUGUGAGAGCCGCAUACACACCUCCCUCAUUGGCUGCAUCAAGGCUCUGAUGAACAACUCCCAGGGGCGGGCGCAUGUGCUAGCGCAGCCGGAGGCCAUCAGCACCAUUGCCCAGAGCCUGCGCACAGAGAACAGCAAGACUAAGGUGGCAGUGCUGGAGAUCCUGGGUGCCGUGUGCCUGGUGCCUGGUGGCCACAAGAAAGUGCUGCAGGCCAUGCUGCACUACCAGGUGUACGCAGCGGAGCGAACGCGCUUUCAGACACUGCUAAACGAACUAGACCGAAGUUUGGGCCGAUACCGGGAUGAAGUGAACCUGAAAACAGCCAUUAUGUCCUUCAUCAACGCUGUCCUCAAUGCUGGAGCGGGAGAGGAUAAUCUGGAGUUCCGCCUACAUCUACGGUAUGAGUUCCUGAUGCUGGGAAUACAGCCUGUGAUUGACAAACUCCGGCAACAUGAGAAUGCCAUCCUGGACAAGCAUUUAGACUUCUUCGAGAUGGUCCGGAAUGAGGAUGAUCUGGAGCUAGCCAGGAGGUUUGACAUGGUCCACAUCGACACUAAGAGUGCCACCCAGAUGUUCGAGCUGAUCCACAGGAAGCUGAAGCACACCGAGGCUUAUCCCUGCCUGCUCUCUGUCCUGCACCACUGCCUGCAGAUGCCCUACAAACGGAACGGUGGCUACUUCCAGCAGUGGCAGCUCCUGGACCGCAUCCUCCAGCAGAUUGUCCUUCAGGAUGAGCGGGGCAUGGACCCUGACCUGGCUCCCUUGGAGAACUUCAAUGUCAAGAACAUCGUCAACAUGCUCAUCAAUGAGAAUGAAGUGAAACAGUGGCGUGAGCAGGCAGAGAAGGUCCGGAAAGAACACACGGAACUCGUGAGCCGGCUGGAGAGGAAGGAGCGGGAAUGUGAAACCAAGACGCUGGAGAAAGAAGAGAUGAUGCGGACGCUGAACAAAAUGAAGGACAAGCUGGCCCGAGAGUCCCAGGAGCUGCGCCAGGCUCGGGGACAAGUUGCAGAGCUGGUGGCCCAACUCAGUGAACUCUCAACAGGCCCUGUAUCUUCCCCGCCUCCCCCGGGGGGCCCACUCACCUUGUCUUCUUCGAUGACCACCAACGACCUGCCUCCACCCCCACCUCCUCUGCCCUUUGCCUGCUGCCCCCCUCCGCCACCACCACCCCUUCCUCCCGGGGGCCCCCCUACUCCUCCAGGUGCUCCACCUUGCCUGGGCAUGAGCCUGCCCCUCCCUCAGGACCCCUACCCCAGCAGUGAUGUCCCACUCAGGAAAAAGCGUGUCCCCCAGCCUUCCCACCCACUGAAGUCCUUCAACUGGGUCAAGCUGAAUGAGGAGCGUGUCCUUGGCACGGUAUGGAAUGAUAUUGAUGACAUGCAGGUAUUUCGGAUUCUGGACCUAGAGGAUUUUGAAAAAAUGUUUUCAGCAUAUCAGAGGCACCAGGAGCUGAUAACUAAUCCUUCUCAGCAGAAAGAGUUGGGCUCCACUGAGGACAUCUACCUGGCCUCCCGCAAGGUCAAAGAGCUGUCAGUCAUUGAUGGCCGGAGGGCCCAGAACUGCAUCAUUCUUCUCUCCAAGUUGAAGCUUUCUAACGAGGAGAUCCGGCAGGCUGUCUUGAAGAUGGAUGAGCAGGAGGACCUUGCUAAGGACAUGCUGGAGCAGCUCCUCAAGUUCAUCCCAGAGAAGAGUGACAUUGACCUUCUCGAGGAGCACAAGCACGAGAUUGAUCGGAUGGCCCGUGCUGACCGCUUCCUCUAUGAAAUGAGCAGGAUCGACCACUACCAGCAGCGAUUGCAGGCCCUCUUCUUCAAGAAGAAGUUCCAGGAGCGGCUGGCUGAGGCCAAGCCCAAAGUGGAAGCCAUCCUGCUGGCCUCCCGGGAGCUAAUCCGCAGCAAGCGUCUAAAGCAGAUGCUAGAGGUCGUUCUAGCCAUCGGCAACUUCAUGAACAAAGGGCAGCGUGGGGGUGCCUAUGGGUUCCGGGUGGCUAGCCUCAACAAGAUCGCCGACACCAAGUCCAGCAUCGACAGAAACAUCUCUCUGCUCCAUUACUUGAUCAUGAUUCUGGAGAAGCAUUUCCCUGACAUCCUGCACAUGCCUUCGGAGCUGCAGCAUCUUCCAGAAGCCGCCAAAGUCAACCUGGCAGAGCUGGAGAAGGAGGUGGGCAACCUCAAGAAGGGCCUGAGGGCAGUUGAGGUGGAGCUGGAAUAUCAGAGGCGCCAGGUGUGGGACUCUAACGACAAGUUUGUCCCAGUCAUGAGCGACUUCAUCACAGUAUCCAGUUUCAGUUUCUCAGAGCUGGAGGACCAGCUAAAUGAGGCCAGGGACAAGUUUGCCAAGGCCCUGAUGCACUUCGGGGAGCAUGAGAGCAAGAUGCAGCCAGACGAAUUCUUUGGAAUCUUUGAUACUUUCCUGCAGGCCUUCUCGGAGGCCCGACAGGACCUGGAGGCCAUGAGGAGGAGGAAGGAGGAGGAGGAGCGGCGGGCACGCAUGGAAGCCAUGCUGAAGGAGCAGAGGGAGCGCGAGCGGUGGCAGCGACAGCGGAAGGUCCUGGCUACGGGCAGUUCCCUGGAGGAGGGUGGCGAGUUCGAUGACCUGGUGUCGGCCCUACGCUCCGGGGAAGUCUUUGACAAGGACUUAAGCAAGCUCAAGCGCAGCCGCAAGCGGUCAGGGAGCCAGGCCCUGGAAGUCACCCGGGAGCGGGCAAUAAACAGGCUAAAUUAUUGACCUGGGGACUGGCCAUGCAGUAGGCCAGGAGAUAGGGACGGGCCGCUGGGGGAGACUGAGUGGAGGAGGCGGUGAUACUUAAACAAUUUGGUGCUCAUCUAGAGUCCUGGGCUGGAUCCUGGGGUGGGGGGCUGUGUGUGGCUGGACCAGGUUUCUCCCCACACUUACUUUAAGGGGCUCCUCUCCUCUCCCCUCUGUAUGAUUCCUUCUGUAUCUCAGCCCCACCCCCCUGCCCCAGGGCCAUUCUCUGAGUCUGGCUUGGAUAUUCCUGGCAGGUCUCUGGCCAGGUAACCCCAGACUGAAGGGCCCUGCUUCCCAUUCCCCACCUUGGGUAUCCAAUCACGUGUUGGCACAGAGCUAUUCCAGAUACAGAUUGGAGAGGUCCUUGGACCAUGUGCAGGGGGAAUUAAUGCCAGGGGGGACCACCUGAGAGCCAGGGUGAGGGAAUCCAGACUCCCAUGUCUCGAGGAAAGGCUCAAUAGAACAUUGAUCUGGGGGUGAACUUUCCUCUUGGAUGGAAACAAGAGACAUUACAUAUUUUAGCUAGAUCAGCUCUGGAAGGUUCCAGAAAAAAAUGUUGGAAAGAUGAUGCAGGGACCAAAGCUACCAGGACAGAGUAGCAGUGCCUGUUUCCUAUGUCAUAAGUCCUUUGGCCUCUCUCUGGCAUGUUCUCAGUGUCCUUCCCUUCCUUUCCUACCCCCACCUCCAUCCUAUCUACUAAUUCACAACCCAGAAAACUCACCUGUGGGUUCUCACGCUCACUACCAGGUACUUGAUGAAUCUGGUAAGGGAAGGGGUUCAAGAAAGACCUCAUUCAUUACCACACCUCAUGCCUUGGACACAUCCCUAUGGGCAUACCCCAUGUCCCCACCUCCCUGUACAAUCUGGCCAUUGUUGUAAAGCCAGACAGUGACCUCACGUGUUACCUAGGGGUUCCCUAGAGCCCCUCACCAGAGGGCGGCACUUGGAAGCCUGGCUCCGCUCAAUAGCUCCUUAGUUGACCACUUCAUAUAAAUCACUCAGCCCCCCUCCCCCAAGCCACAGUGGCCUCUGCUCUGUCCAGCAUGUGGGAGGCCACUUGGAACCAAGCAUCCUAGCUGAGGCUGGUGCUGGGGAGUCGGUUCCUGGGGGAGUCCCGAGGCCCAGAGCUGCCCUCCACACUGACAUGUCUUCUCAAAGGAUGUUCCCUCCUUUGGGGUAUCCAGACAAGGCCAUCAGAAGAGCAGGCAAGAGAAAUUGGGGAGAUGGGGAUGGAGGGGUAGAACAACUUCCUUGGGGAAGUGCUCUGCCUGAAGGAGCCAAGAGGAGGGCUGGGGGGGGGUCCCAUCCCCCAUAUCUGAUACCUAAUUUGCUUCUUCAACCUGACUUGCAAGGGGCCCAUUCUGGUCCUCCCAGCUACUCCCCUUCUAUUUUGUCCAUCUUGAGCUGUUCUUGGUGGAUGGGACGGCUUUAUCUAGAUAAGAAUUUCUUCUAAAGGAGGAGGGUGAAGUCAACUCCAUCAAGGCUCUUAUUUUCAGCAACCACUCAGAGUUGACCUCCCAUCCUCUGUGAGACAGUGCUGUCUGACCCCACCAACCAGCUCCUGGCCUUUCUGCCCUCUGCCCUCCCCUUUGUGUUUCUCACCUUUCAAGCUAAUCCCCGGCUCAGGGUUAUUGCCAGUGGACAGUCUGGUGGGCUGGGCCCACUCUCUGCUGUCUAUCUUCUGCCUUUUGUCUACAUCAGAUUCUUGGGGGGGGGGGUGGAACCAUAGUAGCUGCAAGGGAAGAAACACAGGGUUGGUGAGCCCAGCAUGUGCGUUGGUUCGAGGAGUGGGCCGGGUGUGUGUUCUGGUGGGAGGGAUCUGAGCAAGUGCAAGCCUGGGCCAGCACAAGUGUGAAGAGGACAUCCUAGAACCCACAGGAGGGCAAGAUGAAGGCUUCCAGGAAGAGCAACUGCAGAGUCUUACUAUACCUAUCUGCAGCCCCAAGGUACCCCACUGUAAGAUGCAGGUGUUGGGAUGAUGGAGAGGUUGCAGGUAAGGCCUCUUAAGGUCUUUUCCCAAACCGGCUGGGCUGAGGUCAACCUAACCCCCAAGAGGCCAGGAACAGGGGAAGGCUCCAUAAGCAUGUCCAACUCCUGGCAUUCCCACCCACCAUGGAAGACUGCAUAUGUACCUGGAAAGUCAAGGAAUAUGGAAGCUGUUCAAGACACAUUCAAUCCUCAGAAAAGCAGAGCUUGGUUUAACUGUUUACAGAGGACACAAAUGUUGUUUCAGAGCCCAACCUUCUCACCCCAAAAGAUAUUUCUUCUCUAUUUAUUAUUUUCUGGAUCUGGCCAGUGGCUCUGGUACUAGGCGCCAUGUAACUAGAUCUCCAACAGUGCCUUGGACCAUGGAUCAUGGUGGCCAACUGGGGCCCAAUGGGGGUGGCUGGGCUGGUCCUUGAAAUGUUCAGUGUUUCAGUUUAUUAAUACAUUCCUCAGUCUUGCUUUCCCCAUGUCCUUCAUACUUCUCCUGCCACCCUUGGAUAAAUUUCUCUCUAAUUUUAUGACCAAUGUACAACUCCUCAACCUAAUGCAACCUCUUCCCUUCUCAGCAGCAGCACUUACUCCCCCAUGAUGGAAAGCAUUUAGGGCAGUGGGAGGAGAAGAUUCUCCAGGUGGGUGGGGAAGGGUCUGGUCCAGCCUUUCCCCACCCCAUCCCAUUUCCACCAGCUGGGGAGCUGCACCAUCUCCCCCCACCUCUACCAGGGAUGCCUUCAUGCCAAGGCUGUUCUCACCAGCUGCCUCAGAUGACAAGUGAGGCUCAUGGACAAAAUCUGCAGUGUCCUUUUCACUUGCACCUUUUUUUUAUAAGAAUAUAUUAUAAUACUAAAAAAUAUUAAAUCUGUACCAUCCCUACCCAA